UGAAUUACACAACUUCACGAUACACAGAAGAAGUCGCUACCUGCCCCACGAUCCCCAUGCACGGGAGUUUAGUCGCUAUAAAAGCAACGCCGGACACUUCAAUGUUAUCAGUCUACAACAGAACUGCUCAGUACAAACACCAACUAUCAUGUUCCGGAUCUUUGUCGUCGUUGCUUUGGCCGUGGCCAGUGAGGCCAGCGUGGUCGGAUACGGAGGUGGAUACGGCGGACUGGCCGGUGGAUACGGAGGAUACGGAGGAUACGGUGGAUACGGAAACGCCAUAUCGCACGGCGGAGUCGUCGCCCCGGCGAUCGCCGUGGCCCCCAUUGCCGUGGCAAAGGUCGGGUACGGAGGAUACGCUGGAUACGGAGGAUACGGAUCUGGAUACGGAGACUCCCACGACACUUACGCCUACCCCAAGUACUCGUACAACUACGGUAUCAACGACCCCCACACCGGUGACGUGAAAAGUCAGGAAGAAGUCCGGGACGGAGACGUGGUCAAGGGUUCCUACAGCCUGAACGAACCCGACGGCACGAUUCGCGUCGUCGAAUACACCGCCGACGAUCACAACGGAUUCAACGCGGUGGUCAAGAAAAUUGGACACGCCGUACACCCCGCGCCCGCAGUCCCCCUGGUUAAAUACGUGGCCGCCGCACCGGCUCAUUACGAUUCGGGAUACGGAUACAACAAAUAUUACUAGACCCCAACGAAGGAGACGGAUACUGAGUAAAGCUUCGAUAUAUCGAGUGGAUGCUAUAAUGUAAAUAAAAUUAUGAACUUCGUGAGAACAUUAUAAUAAUAAUAAAAAAAUAAAAAACAACAGAGACUCGGAAGAGUCUCUGUUAUUUCCAUCGAA